GGGUCUGUUGGAAGUUGCUGCGGAGCCGGGACGCCAGACCCGGGCCCGGGCGCAGCGAUGGGCAAGGUCUGAGCUCCAGCCUCUCCCCCUGCCCCAGUGCAGCCGGGGCUGGAUACAUUUUUUUUUUUUUUUUUUUAAGCCAAACUGCGAACAACUCUGGCGAUGCCAACCUUCCCUUCCAAGUGACACGGCUCUGCGAAGGAGGAUUCCUCAGACUGAGCUCUUCCUCUUAUUCGCCCUGCCAUCCUCGGCGACGGAUCAAGGCUUCGCUCUGGCAGGAGGAAUUUAGGGGGGGAGAGGAAAAGCUGUGCUCAACUCCAUCGUGACCUCAAACUCUCUGGACUGUGCGUGUUGAAAUCAUCUGGAAAGAAGAGCCGCCGUCCAAGAAAGCCAGCCGCGGAGGAAAUGGAAGUUUUCCCCUUGGUCUUGGUGUUGUCCGUGUGGUGGUCUCGAACCUGGGACGCCGGGAAUGCGGAUUCGAUCAUCCACAUCGGAGCAAUUUUUGAUGAAUCUGCCAAAAAGGAUGAUGAGGUGUUUCGCACAGCAGUUGGCGACCUCAACCAGAAUGAGGAGAUCUUACAGACUGAGAAAAUCACAUUUUCGGUGACAUUUGUUGAUGGCAACAACCCAUUUCAAGCGGUUCAAGAAG